UUCCUUCCAACCUUGCUUCAUCGGUGCAAGGUUCCCUCGCGUUGCGGCCGAACAUUUCGUGUGACGAGGUCAUUUAGUUUGAACGCGCAACACCCGCCACGCCAAAACGUGACUUUCGACACGAUUCUUCAACCUGCUAUGGCACCACUGUGUUGGUAGCUUGGGUCCGACGGCACUCCAUUGAGCACCUUGAUUGCUCGUCGGCCACCAAGCCCGAUAAUUAUUACCGGUCCGCGAACAAAGCGCCAUGCGAUUACCAUUCGGGCGGCGCCACGCCGCUCGCGGCGAUCCCUUCUCCAUGAUCCCUUCGGCCGUCCUGCUCUCGUCGCUUGUCGCAUCACCAGCAUGCGCCAUCUCGUUCACACCUGUUCCUGCACCGAACCUCGACCUCUCACAACUUGGCCGUGUAGUCCUAGGUGGGGAUUUCUCGGGCAUAUCAUUGUACCAGUUCGAGGAACAGAACGAGCACUCUUUUCUCAGCAAUGGCACCGAACAGCUCCUCACCCGGCUUCCCAACAGCGUGUUCGCGCCCAUUGUCAAUACGGACGCGAGCAUUCGCACAAUGUGCGCACUCAACACUGACAAUGGGACGGUAAUUGUUUUGGGUGGAAAUUUCACAAGCAUAAAGGAGCUUGACUCUGGUGCCACAGCACUGCAGUCGACUGCCUUUGCGAUAUUCGAUCCAACUACUGCCGUUGUGACACCGCUUCCGGGUUUGUCGGGCCAGGUCAACGCACUACUCUGCGACCAGGACAGGAACACGGUGUACGUGGGGGGAAGCUUUGUGGGCGCGAAUUCGACUAAUGCGCUGGCCUGGGAGGGAGGACGGAGCUGGAACAAUCUGCCGUUUGCCGGGUUCAACGGCCCGGUCACGUCUAUCACCAAGGCAUCCAACGGGAAUAUCAUUUUCGGCGGUAGCUUUACUGGGUUAGGAAAUGCGAGCACCCCAAGCACGCCCGACGGACAGAUCAUCAAUCUUUCGACAGCGAACAUCAGUGCCGGCUCCUCAAGCACAACCUCAGGGUUCAGCGACCCCAAGAAUAUCAUCUGCAAGACGAGCGGUGCAGACGGGGCAGGAAAUACCUGGCUACUGCAGGACAACGUUCCGGGCUUCUGGCAGGCGAAUUUCGGUCAUGGAUUCAGACCUACUAAGUUGCGUUUGUACAACACGCACCAGGAUGGGAGGGGGACGAAAACAUGGCGCUUCACGGCCAUGCCAAUCAACGGCAUCAUGAACUUCACCUACAUCGAUCCCGUGACACGCCAAAACGCGAGCUGCACAAGCGAGUGCCCGCUGAGCAACAACAGUUCUAUCACGUUCCAGGACUUCCACUUCGUCAAUGUCAUCGGCAUGAAUGCAUUCCGCCUCGACAUCUCGGACUUCUAUGGCAGCGGCGGAGGCCUGAAUGGAAUUGAGCUGUUUGGCAAUGAUAUAUAUUCGUAUGCCAUCCAGGAAUUCAACGAGCCUACAUGUGCCGGUCUCAAAUUCCCAUCCACAGCGACCGCGACUGGGCCCUGGUCUGUCACGCCCUCCCACGAGAGCACCGCCGAGUAUCUGACCGCUCAACUUACUGCCCCGAUCACCAACACAUCAGCCUCGGUUGUCUUCACGCCCGAUAUCAGAGAAUCUGGUCACUACUCCAUCAACCUGUACACCCCUGGGUGCCUGCAAGAUAACACGUGCGCCACCCGAGGCCAGGUCAAACUCACUGGGCAGAUGACAGCCGACGCCACAAAGAGCGAGCCAAUCGACGUCAGUCUCUACCAGUCCAACAACUUUGACAAAUAUGACCAGAUCUACUUUGGCCUCGUCGACGCGAGCUCAAGCAGCUUCCGUCCCCAGGUCACCAUGACCCCCUUGGCAGGCCAGUCCCUGGCACAAAUGACAUUUGUCGCACAGCGGAUUAGCUUCACCUUGAUCAACAGCACCGGUGGCUUGAACGGGCUCUACGAAUACACCCCUGGGGAAGCUCUUAACACCAGUGACUUCACGGAGUCUGCGUUCAACCGCCUGGGUGCGAGCUUCCCAAGAGGAUCUGCCGUCAAUGCCCUGGCUACGUCCGGCGAGUCUACUUUCAUCGCGGGGAACUUCACCUCGGGCACCAUGCGAAACGUUGCUGUUCUCAAGGGAAACGAUGCGAACGCCUCGUCGCUCGACGGCGGUCUCAACGGCAAAGUGAAUUCGAUGUUUUUGAACGGCACCAGUUUGUAUGUCGGCGGCGCUUUCAACAACACCUCGGAGAAGGCAACGGAAGGGCUCAACAACGUCGCCCUCUUUGACACAUCUAAGAACAGCUGGAGUCCGCUUGGUGCUGGCGUCAACGGCCAGGUUCUCCGGGUCGUCGGCAUGACCAUGAACAUCAGCAGUUCAACUCCAGAGGUUGUGGUAAGCGUGAAUGGAGACUUUGACCAGCUCCUAGCUUUCGACAACAACGCAGCGGUUAGGGUGGCCGGAUUCGGUGUCUGGGUUCCUUCACAGGGAAACUGGCUACAAAAUCUGGAUUUCCCGGUUGAGUUCGUUGAGGGUGUGCUCUCAGCUUCGAUCCUAAACAUGACUGGUGGUCCGUCAUUCUAUGCUGGCUCGCUCUCGUCCUCUGGUCUUGGGGCUAGGGGUGCCGCGGUCAUGGGCAGCGAAACCCUGGGCCGGCUUCCCGUGGACAUCCAACCUCCUGCGGGUUCCUCUAGUUCGACCGGCCUGAGCAAGCGGGACAGUGGCUUGGCUACCGGCGAUAUCGACGGCGUCUUGACUGGUGUCUUCGACAGCAACAACGGCAGGAACCUCACUAUCCUAGGCGGUCAUUUCACUGCAAGUGCCACGGACGGCUCCACCCUCCACAACAUUGUCAUCCUCGACGGUUCGAAGAACGACCAGGUGUUUGGGCUUGGCGAUGGUCUCUCAGCCAACUCGACGUUCAUGGCCUUGGCUGUGGAAGGGGACGUCCUCUUCGCCGGAGGCAAAGUGGCCGGGACAGUAAAUGGCGGUAACGUCAAUGGCCUCGUUACUUACAAUCUGGCGAGCAGGUCGUUCAACACGCAACCGCCUGCGCUGUCUGGCGGGAACGGCACUGUCUCUACCAUAGCUGUGCAUUCAAGCACCAAGGACGUUUAUGUGGGAGGAUCCUUCACUUCAGCAGGAUCUCUCGGCUGCCCAGGUGUGUGCUUCUUCAGCACCACGGCCUCCCAAUGGAACCAGGCUGGCCGGAACCUGAACGGUAACGUCAGUUCCCUGAUGUGGGCUACCGACAGUAUACUGUUGGCUGGCGGCAACCUCACCAUCAACAUGACCGCUCCCUCCUUCCUCGCCAAGUACGAUACAGGCACCCAGACGUGGGACUCUUACCCUGGCGCCGACCAGCUCCCUGGCCCGGUGACUGUUUUGACUGCCGGUGCAAGCGACGGCAGUCAAGUCUGGGCUGCCGGGACCUCGUCCAUGGACGGCUCCGUCUACCUCAUGAAUUAUGACGGCUCGACGUGGCAACGAGCCGGCCAGUCUGCCCUCCAGUCCGGCACCGAUAUCCACGGCCUCCAAAUGUUCUCCCUUACAUCCUCGCACAACAGCUCGUCUCUAGUCAAGGAUGACGAAAUUCUCCUCCUCACAGGCUCCAUUGUCCUACCCGAUUUCGGCUCCGCCUCGGCUGUCCUCUUCGACGGCAACUCGUUCACCCCUUUCAUUCUCACGGCGAGCAACGACGGCAACGCAGGCAGCAUCGCGCGCGUCUUCUCAGAGAAGAGCAACUACUUUGCCAAGAACGGCGGGCACAUGCCGCUCGUCUUCGUCGUACUCAUCGGACUGGCCAUCUCGCUGGGUCUGAUGCUGCUCAUCGUACUCGGGGGCUUGUUCCUGGACAGGCUGAGGAAGAAGAGGGAGGGAUAUGUGCCGGCCCCGACGUCCAUGUUCGAUCGGGGCAAUGGGAUCCAGCGGAUCCCACCUCGAGAGUUGUUAGAGGGGCUGGGCAGAAAGGGGGUGCCGCAGGUUUAGUUGCCCUUGCUGCCUAGGAGGCCGGUACCGGCCGGGUUAGAGGAGGGGCGGUUGUGAAAGGGUAGGAGACACAUGCAUCA